AUCGGCGCGGCGCGCAUUGCGCUAAUUCUUAUGUAACUGAAACGGUCAGAAAUUGAGGUUCGCUCGGUACGCGAGUACGCGGCUUCGUCGCGAUGCGUAUAUGCACGCAUGGCAAAUGGCUCGGCAACUAUGCAAAUUUAAGUGCAGGAUGAUCCAUCCGUUCGUUAAACGGGGCGAAGAAAAGCAAUCAGAGGAGGAUGUACAAGAACUGGAUGAAGAAGAACAACUGGAGGAAAAAUCAAUAGAAGUAAUAGAAGAAGAAGCGAUUAAGGAAGUAAAAGAAACAGAGAAGAAUAAAAGAGACGAGGAAAUAGAUAAAAGUAUUGCGACAUUUUUGCGUGAGAAAAAUUUGAGUGAAAAUCUCGUCAAGACAUUGAUUAAUACUGGUCUUACGGAUGAACAUAUCAGACUUUUAAAAGCUUUGAAUCUAAACGAUGAUGACAUCGACAGUUUGCGAGAUUUAUGGCGAACAAAGAUCGAAGUUAGCAAAAGCAGUGAUUCUAUUAAUUCCUCUACGUCUGACGAUUUGUCGUCUUCUGAACGCUUACAAAUGUCACCGAAUAGUGUCUAUCUAAAAAAAGUCUUGAGCAAACCUUUGAUCCAAGCUCUUUGCGAAAUUGUGGCGAAGAAACCGACCGAUCCCGUGGAGUAUUUGGGCCAUUGGUUACUUCAUUUCAAGAUUUGUGAGGAACGAAUUAUGCAGCAAAAAGAACGUGAAUUGGAACUUUUGAUCAACAGAGAAAAAUUGAAACUAGAAGUAUGGGCAAUAUCUUACACAUAUUCUAUCGAUUUUCCCGAGUCAUGUAUAUAUUUAAUAUUUAAUAUUUAGAAAAUAUUUACUUUGUACAAUAGGAGAUUGAAGACAAACAAGAUUUUCCUAUCGAGCAAAAGGAAGAAGAGAUAUCCAGCGAGGAUGGAAACA